CUCAAGGGGCACCGACGACGAUGGGGCAGCUCGAGAAGGACGACGGAGGUCUCGACGAGAGCAGCAACGACGUGCUUCGACUCCUGGACCUCGGCCCCAGCCUCACCAAGCUACCCCCGCGGGUCAUGGACGCGGACGCCGCCGGGGGGUGGGCGGCGCAGGAAGGACCGCAGCUCGAGGCCGUCGUCGACGCGGUCGAUACGACCAACGGGCUCUUCCUCCAUAUCUCCAAGCUCGCGAGCGACAUGUGGCGGAAGGAGUCGGAGACGGAGACGCCGUUCGCCGCCGUCGCGCUUCCGACCUCCGACUUUGACGUGCGUCUUGGCUCGUAUCUCAAGCACCUCACGCAGCUCGCGGUCGCGACCAAGAAGGAAAAGCACAAGCACGAACAGCGGCUCCUCGCAGUCCGAAGCGUCUCCAAGAGCCAGCGCAAGGUGAGCCCACCGCCGCUGCCGCUGCCGACGCAGAACUGCAUGGUGCUUGGGUGGGACAUGGCGAUCGCGCUCUUGCGGGCAACACGGCGCGAAGGCGGCGACACGUACCUCUCUGCGCUACGCAUGAUCCAAGACAACAUGGCGUCGCUCAAGCCAAUGGCGUACCUCGACGGUAUGUAUCUCUCACCGAGUGCAAGUGCGUCGUUCAACCAGCUCUGCGACUUUCUCAUCGAGGCUGCCGAGCCUGUACCGUCUCCGAACGACGAGAUGGAGGCCAGUGUCUCGCGCACGACGAUUUCGACGCUGGCCGAGCUUGCUCUUGUGCGCGGGUCACUCGCGUACCUGCUCUCGUCCGUGCUCUGGAUGCUCUCGCGGUCGCCGGCCACGACCCUCGACGUCAACCACGUCCUCUCCAAGCUUUUGUCGAUCAAAGAGCAGUCGCUCUAUGGGAUCUGUGAAGCGUCCGGGGAGCUCUACUGCUGCGGCCAAAACUCGUACGGCGAGCUCGGUAUUGGCGACGACAUUGAGCGCCAUCAGCUCACGUUUGUACCGUUUGGUGGCUGGGACGACAUUCGACAGGUCGUGAGCGGCAACGAGAUCCUCGCGGUCCUCACCAACAGCGGCAUCGUGCUCACCGCGGGCCUCAACAAGAGUGGCCAGUGCGGCCACGGCCACUUUGACGAACGCGUUAUGCUACUCCGGCCGAUCGAGGCGCUUCGCUCGCAGCGCGUUCGGUUUCUCGCCGCGUCCAACGGCUGCGAACACAUGAUUGCCGUCACGGACUCGGGGUUAGCGUACUCAUGGGGCUACAACGACCGCGGUCAGCUCGGCCACGAGAACGUCACGACCAAGAUCCACGUGCCCAAGCUCAUCGACCACCUCCGCGAUAAGAAGGUGACGUUUGCAGCCGUGAGCUACCACCACAGCGCCGUGAUUACAGAGAAAGGUGAGCUCUUUACGUUUGGCAUGAACGACUGCGGGCAGCUCGGGCACGACUCGACCGCCCACCAAAGCAUUCCGACGCACGUCAAGGCGCUCGAUGGCCACGUCGUAUCGAUGGUGUCGUGCGGCUUGUACCACACAAUCGUGUGCACGGCCGUUGGCGAGCUCUACACGUUUGGCAAGAACGACUAUGGACAGCUCGGGCUUGGCCACAACCGAAUGAGCAAACUCCCGAGCCUCGUGUCGAUCCCGAACGAGUCGAUUGCGUUUGUCACGUGCGGCUACUACCACUCGCUCGUCGUCGGGACCAGCGGCCGCGUCUUUGCGUUUGGCCGCAACGACUAUGGGCAGCUCGGCAUUGGCACCAAAGUGCACCAGAGCAUGCCGCACGUCAUUACACUGGCGCCGACCGUGCGCGUGACGCGCGCCGCGUGCGGCUGCUACCACACGGUCAUUCUCUCCGAGCAAGGCCACGUGUUUGCGUUUGGGCGCAACAACAAGGGUCAACUCGGAAACCGCGGCAGCACCGACUCGCUCUUGCCCGUGCCGCUCAUGGUGCGGCCAGAGAAGAGCCAUCGCCGCGUGCUCGACAUUGCCGCGGGCUUUUACACGACGUCGCUGAUUGUCGAGCGCAAGAAAGAGUCGGACGACGACGACAAGAGCGACCAGAGCUGGGUCAUUCCGCUCUGUGGGCGCAUCGACAUUGACCGGUCUGGCGAAAUUGAAGGUUUGAGCAACUUUGGGUCCCUCUCGACGGUCGGCGUGAGCCUCACGCGCGGCGCGUGGUUUUACGAAGUCGAAGUUGUCACGUCCGGCUUGAUCCAAAUCGGCUGGAUCGACGGUCAUUUUCAAGGCAGCUCGGACCAAGGCGAAGGCGUCGGGGAUCACGCACAUUCGUGGAGCUACGACGGCAACCGCCAGCGCCGUUGGAACUCGGGGUCGUCGACGUAUGGCGACAAGUGGAAGGCUGGCGACAUAAUUGGGUGCCUCCUCGACCUCGAGGCUUCCGAAAUGCGCUUCUUCCGGAACGGCAUCGACCUUGGCGUCGCCUACGCCGAGUUCCACCCGUCGUUGGAGGACGCACGCAGCGGCAUGAUGCCGGGCAUUAGUCUUGAGCGCGGCGAGAUCAUCCGGCUUAACCUCGGGCACACGGCGUUUGCUUUUCCGCCGACGGCCAAGCACGAGAGCGUCGCCCGCGCGAUGCAGUGUCCCGCCCCCGAAGUCGCCAUGUCGCUCGCACCACACGUGCCGACAAAUGCACCCGAAGCGCUUCACGGCUCGGCCAAGGUACUCGUCGGCGAUCGUCUCUUUGUCAUUGGCGGUAUGCUGGCGAGCGACAAGGACGCCGCAACGACGAAAGUGUGGGUCUGCCACCUCCCAACCAACAAGUGGGACCGUUGGAGCGACCUCCCGAUCCCGCUCAAGUUUCACCAAGCGGUGCUCAUCGAUGAGCACAACAUUCUCGUCGUCGGUGGUGAAAACGACGCGCCCGUGUCGCGCCAUCUCGACUUGUACAAGUGUUCGACAAGAGCAAAUGCCGAUGGCUCGUUUCCGACCUGGGACCUUAUCCAAGGGUCGUCGGCCACGUCGCUACCGGUGGCGCGAGCCCACCAUACGGUCGCCGCCGUCCGCGUCCGGCUGGAGACGCUCGUGUUUCUCUUUGGUGGUCGCGCGUCGGACGAUACGAUCCUCGGCGACGCGUGGUUUCUGUCGAUUGAAGACUUUGCGUGGGCCAAAUUGCCGUCGUCGAUUGCAUUGGACCCAGGGCCGCGCAUGGGGUGUGCGUCGUGCGUCGUCGGCGAAAGCGUCUACGUAUUUGGUGGUGUCGACAAGGAAGACCGGCUGCGCGCGGACCUCUGGCGCUACAAUACGUUUGACCGCGUUUGGCACCUCUGCCACGACGACCACAUUUACACCCCCCGCGAGCACAUGAAGGGCGACAAGAUGCAAGAGUUCAAUCCGCUCAUGCCGUCGGUGCGCGCGCACCAUGGCAUGGCCUCGGACCUUGGCAACAUUUGGAUUUACGGUGGCGAGACACGCAAAGGUGACGCGCUCGGCGAUCUUUGGGUGUUUUCACUUACACGCAGUACGUGGGCGUCGGUCGAUGUGGUUGGCGCCGAGCCCCUCGCGCACGCCGCCCUGUUUGUCGCUGCCGGUCGCGUCUGCGCCCUUCCUUCCGGCCAGGUGCCAGCGCCGCUUGCUUGCUUUCUCUAUGGCGGUCGCACGGCGUUGCUUGAGAAUGGUACUGCUGUGCCCACAUGGACGACAACAAUCCGACUUUUGACGCCAUCGGCCGCGCACAAGCGUCUCGAGAACGGACGGUCGUCGCAAACGGUCGUCGGGAAACCGUCGACGGUCUUGGCGAGUUUACGUGCGCACGCGGGCGACGCGCAGUGUCUGCCGACGUGUGUCGACUCGGCAAGCUGCAUUCUGGGCCACCUCGACCGCCUCCUUGGCAACGACGUGCCGCAGUACGAAGUCGAUGCGAUCCAGCCGUCGCGCUGCAGCUACCGUUCGCUGUGCAUUGACGCCAAGGAGCCAUCGUUUGCCGCGUUGCACCGACUUCUCUUGCUUUUGGGCACCAAGUACUUGGCGCCGCAGACCAUCGCCUCGCAAGAGACACUGUACCCGCUCUUGGUCGUGCUGCGCUUGAUCAAGUUCAACUUUUUCGAGCUCUCGACGUCGUGUCUGGUGCUCGAUGACUUGGGGUUUUCCUCGGCGUCAACAGAGCCAGGCGGUACGCUCUACUUGCUACGCGAGCUCCUCUUUUCGAUUGCCGAGUACGUGCCGCCUGCCGACAACAAUGGCGUCGGCGCAGCCAUCAAGAAAGAGACUGUUGCGGCGAUCAACUGCGGGUUUGCCAUCAUGUUUCCGUCGCUUCUCGACCGUCUCUCGGUGCUCACACGGCUCUUUAAUGACCAAGCCAAGUCGACAGACGUCGCCAACUUGCUCUUGCCGAUGCUUGUGCCGUCGUUUGCGUGUCCAAAGACACUGUUUGAGCUCAUGGCCGAGUCGGUCGACAGCACAUCACUAGCGAUUACAACGUCGUUUGCCGAGACGCUCUUGCGCGCCCUCUGGCAGCAAACGCUGGCUGCAGCGCCCAACACUCUCUCGGCGCUCUCCAGUAUUGAAGCGUCGUCCGAAUUCCAGUGCUUCCACGUGCUUUUGCGCGCAUCGCUUUUUUGGGCCGCGUCGAGUCUCCACGGGUGGGCCAUCGCCAAGCACAUUGUCGAGCGCUUGCUGCACUACAUGGCCCAGCUCGUUGACGCGCUCAAGACGCCGUCGAUGGUGCCCCCCGCGCUCUUUCUCCAGCAGAGUUUUGCAGGCAAGCUUCUUCCGUAUACCCUCGUGAGCAUUCUCAACCUGCCCUCGAUUCGACCGACGUUUGCGAGCGCUGUCGAAGUAUUGUGGCCGGCAGUGCAGGCGCUUCUGUCGGCCCUGCACGAGCUCAUGACGUCGCUGCGACCCGGGUCCAUGUCGCUCACGCCAUCGUCGUCGCUCACACCAACGCUACCGGCAACGUUCCAAGAGGAGGCAUUGUUUAGCACAGCGACGCUGCAGGUCACCCCCGCGCUUCUGGACGCGCUUCAAGUACCGUCGAACCGCGUGCUCAAUGGCGUGGAGCUUGCGGGUCUGCUCUGGAACGCGGUCCGUGCGGGCAGCCCCGUGAAGCGGCUGCCAACCGCCAGCGUCCGCGACUACGACAUUUACCGCGUCGUGCUCUCGCCGGGUUUCGCCAACGUCUUUGGAAAGCGCAGUCUUCUUGUCGGGUACCGUGGUCACCCCGAUAUGGACGACUUGAGCGACACGCCGUAUGACGCGACCAAGUUUACAUGGAAGUUUGCGUGGGAUGCCCUCACUUGCCACGUUACGCUCUUGACACCGAGCGUGUUUCCACCGCCGGCGCCGUCGCAGGUCGUGUCUUCAACGAUGGCGAGUCCAGAGCUCGCAGCGCAUCUCGACUGGGUUCAUGAUUUUCAAAGCCUCUUGGCCCAUCUGGGCGGGCAGUAUGCGUCGGCGCUCAUCAUUGGUGACGCGUCGGCCAAGGACACGCCGGCGUCGCUCGAGCGCUGGAUUCAGUCCCCGCUCUUCCGCGGCGGCCUCGACGAUGUCGAGGGCGAGGCCAACCGCAACGAUGUUCUCUUGUCGCAAAUCCUUACCAACGAUGGUGCCGGCAAGAAGCUCAUCGACAAGGUCAAGAUGGCUGUGGAUCCUGACGCACACAUCAACCCCAAGCUUCGCGCGACGCGCCUCAAGCGCCAAGACAGCGUGGAGCGAACGCUCGAGAAGAGCGGUGGUUUCGAGGCGGUGGACCGAGCUGUGCGCGCAACAUUCGCGGUUCUCGCCAAGCACAGCCACACGUCGUACGUGAGCGACCCGCUCACGCGCGACGGAAUGCCCAGCGAUGCGCUCGUGGAUGCCUGGCGCACGGCCCUGCAGCUUCGCCGAUGGAUCGUGCGGGAGCAGCAAAAGCUAGCGGUCACCUUGAGUGAUGGCAAGGUGCAUGGCGAUGACGCUACCGACGACUCGGAGGCGACCAAGGAACGGCAGCAAGUGCUCUACAAGCAAGUGUGCGACCCGAUUGUUGAGCGUGCGCGCCUUUUGUUGCAGCUAGCACCAGUGCCCGUCUCGAGCGCAGUCGAUCACGGCUCGUCGCCUUUCAAGAUUCUUCCGGGCAUCUCGCAGGCCCCAUUCGACUUCGCGUCGCGCCAGGCUGCUGACGCCUCGACCAGUGCGAGCACUACCACGAGUGGCGACUCGGACCAAGAGCAGUGGCUGCGCCAACUCAACAAGCUCAUGGAGACCAAGUCGCUCGAGAUGAUUGAAGAAGAGGACGAGAAGAUCCAGACAGACAUUUUUGCAUUCCUCCAGCAGCCGGAAGGCGCCUCGUUCGACGCCGACAUGGAGGCACUGCUUCGAAAGCACAAGCAGCGCGCACAGCAACGCCUCCAUGGUCUUGAGAUCUUUUUCACGCUGCUGCAAUGCACAAUGGGUAUCCCGUCGGCUCGCUUUCACUUGCUUCCGACGCUCGCCGCGUCGUUUCGACGGUCCACAUCGAGCGUCGACGCCCUCUCAACGACCAAAGUGCACUACUCGCACGAGCUCGAGCUCGCGGGUCGCAAGACCCUGGAAGCGAUCGGGGGGCAGUUUUUCACGCUUGUAUCACACCUCCUCGAAUCGUCUUCGGCGACGAUGCUGCACCUCAAGCACGCGUACUGCAGCGUCGAGGCGCGCAAGCCGUCGGUCCAUGCGAUGCACGAAGCCGUUCAAGACGUCUUGUUGGCGAUGGACGUGUGUAGCAUCCCAUAUGGGCCGCAAGACUGGUCGGCCGUGGGCCAGAGCUGCCUCCCGGCCUUUCUCACGGAAAUGACGUCGUGGAAGGGCUGGCGGGACGUCUUCUCGAUUGAAGACGUUGACGACGCGACCUCCAUUGAAACCGACACGUUCAAGCCCGCGAUCUUGUCGGCCGGCGUCGGUAUGAGCCACGUGCGCUUUCUUCACGGCGCCAACGUCACAGUGGACACGGAUACGCACAUUGCCAUGGCCCUCAAGAAGCCGUCGAGUCCCUUCACGGCGGAUGUGCCGCUGCCAACCGAUGCGGGUGGCCUCGCGAUCGUUCAGCGCGUCUUUACAAAAGGGCGAUGGUACUGGGAGCUCCUCUUGCGCCACCAGGGCACGUACCCCGUCUUUGUCGGGGUUGGCAACGCCACGGCCAACGUCAAUACACCCUACAGCUCGGAGGGUGUUGUGGGUGUUGCAUUUGCCAAGGAGAAAACCACAUGCCCCGGGCUCCCGACGCUGGCGUGGUCGCGCACGCACCCGAUUGGCGUGCUUCUCGACUGUGACGCCAAGACGCUCGACUUUUAUGCUGGGUACAAAAAGGUGCACACGGUCUCGCUCCAGGGACUCGCUUUGCUCGGGCUUGGCGUGGCCCCAGUCCUUGGCCUCCUCGACAGCGACCUCCAGUGGGACUUGUAUGCCCCAGUGCCGCCGCGUAUCUGCGCCAUGGGACCCAAGCUCACAACACCGUUUGUGGCGGGUGGUCUUACGAGCGAGACGUUUGGCGGCAGUACGUUGUGCUGGAGCGGCCUGCUUAAAGGCCCCAAUCUGCAGCUCUCGGCCGACUGCUCGACAAUCAUUGCUGGCGAUGUCAUGAUGGCGGCGCCCGUCCUCGAGUCGGUCAUUGCCAACAAGAGUUUUCCGGACGGCCAACUCUACAUGGAGCUCUCGGUGCUCUCCGUGGGUCGCCGUGGCCACGGGCUCCUCGUGCUGAGUAUUGUCGACACGUCAUUUUCUGCCGUCCACAGCGGCUUGUUGGUCCACGGGCUCUCGGUCGAGUACAACGACGACGAGCUUGAGCAAGACCUCAUGGGCGUUCUCUUUGACUUUAACGAAGGCCGCAUCACGCUCUACCAGAAGCGAAAAGAGGCGCUGGUGUACGCUGUGGACCUCUCGCUUCUCGAAGCGCCGUACGUGCCGGCGCUCUCGUGUCUCUGCAACGGGUCGGUCGUUUUGACCAACUUUCAUCCUCGCGCGCGGCCGCAGCUACCUCUCUCGGCCGUGUACCCCGUCGCCAAAGGCACGUAUGCAACGUCGAUGGCCACCGAGAAGCAAGUGGGGAAAAAUCUCGACUUGCUCGUCGUCUCGUGCGACGGCGGCGAGUUUAGCGUCUCCCACGCGGUGCCCAACCUCUUGCUCGACGACAAUUCGGUCUAUAGCUCGUCCGUUGGCGCCAACGUCAAUGUUGUGUUGAAGCACAUGAAUGACACGCCGUUCACUGUGACGUACGCUACGCUGCGCGGUCCGGGCGCGGGCUACACGGCGCCGCUGCAACACGCAGCUGUCUUUGUGCUGAGCUCGCUCCCCGAUUUGGAGGAGCUCGAACAGUACAAUGGAUUGACGCCAGAAGAGUUUGCCGGUCUCCCAGCUGCACCAAAGGACGCCCACGCCAAGCGCGACGAGACGCAGCCCGUGCUCUACUUUGUGCUGGACGGCAACUGCUCCCAAGUGUCCAAGCGACUCGCGACUCCGCUCACGGGUCGUUUCAUUGUCGUCAAGCUCCUUCGGCCGGCUGUUGGCAUGAACAUUGACAUUGGGUACAUGGGCUUUUGCGGCGCGUUUGACAAAGAAAAUGGACCUGCGUACAGCGACUUGUAUUGGGACGACUACAUGUGCGUCGAGUGCCACGCCUGUCCCGUGCCAGGCGUCUGCUACGUCUGUGAAGAAGACGAAACGAUGAAGCUCUGCAGUAUUUGCUAUGACGACAUGCGUGGCAACGUCGACGCAGCCCACUACGCGUGCAUUGCGUGCGAAGACGAAGACCGCGAGACGGCCACGUCCAUCUUGUGUCCAACGCGAGCCUCUUGGAACAGCACGGUCGCUGCUCUUUUCGAGCACAGCAAGCCGUCGGUGCCGGGCGACGACGCCAUGAGCGGUCUCGGUCACUUGCUCACCGAGCCCGAAGAAGUGUACGAAGAUGUCGAACUCUUUGCUUGUGGUCAAAACAACUAUGGCGAACUCUGCCUCGGACACUGCAACUCGACGUCCAAACUCGAGCACGUCCCUCUGUUCACGUCCAAAAGCGUCAAGCAGAUGACAGGCGGCAAUGAAGUACUCGCGGUUGUGAUGCGCGACGGUGUCGUGUACACGUGUGGCCUCAACAAGAGCGGGCAGUGCGGCAACGGUACGUUCGAGGAGCGCGUCGUCCUCGCAACGCCCGUCCGGUCGCUCUCGGGCAUCCCUAUUAGCAUGGUGGCUGCUGCGAACGGCUGCGAACACAUGAUUGCGGUCGCUGUCGACGGCUCGGCGUACUCGUGGGGCUACAACGACCGUGGUCAGCUCGGCCUCGGCUCGACGAUCUCCAAGUCGCACACACCCAAGCUCAUCGAGUCGCUCCACGAAAAGUAUCUCAUUGUCUCGGCGGGCGUGAGCUACCAUCACAGCGCCGUUGUGACAAGCAAUGGCGAACUUCUCACGUUUGGUAUGAACGACUGCGGACAACUCGGCUUGGACCACACGCAGCACCAGCACACGCCGCAGCUCGUCGAUGCGCUGUCGAGCCAAGUCGUGACCAAAGUAUCGUGCGGUUUGUACCAUACCGUCAUCAUCACCGCGAGCGGCGACGUGUACACGUGCGGCAAGAACGACUAUGGCCAACUGGGUCUUGGCCAUGCGCGCAGCGUCAAGGUGCCAAACCACAUGAAGCUCAACCCAAGCGAGAGCGACGAGAAGGUGCUUUCUGGCUGGAGCGGCUACUACCACACGACGCUCGUGACAGACAAGGGCAAACUCAUCACGUUUGGUCGCAACGACUAUGGCCAGCUCGGCAUUGGCAGCAAGGAGCACAAGAAUGCACCGCACGUUGUGCCUCUGCCACUUGGCGCCAAAGUUGUCUCGGCGGCCUGCGGCUGCUACCACACACUUGUGCUCUUGGGGAAUGCGCACGUCAUGGUGUUUGGCCGCAACAACAAGGGUCAGCUGGGGGCGGGGGCGCGCACGCUACCGUCUGCGGACCUUCCACUGCCGAUUCCAACGUCGUCAUACUCGGAUGAUGACGUGGUGGUGAUCGCAGCGGGCUUCUACAGCUCGUACAUUCUCACGGGCCGCAAGAGCGACGGGUCGAAAAAGUCACCGCCGAAAGACGACGCAAGCGCCAAGGAGGCGGACCAGCAAAACGUGUCGUGCGACGCGCUCUUCGAGUCGCUCAUGCGCGAGAUGGAUCGGAAUGCGCUUAGCGAGGCGCUGGACGAGACAUCGCCAUUGCUGCUGAAGCGCUCCAACACGUCCAAGAAACUGCCGCUGCUCAAGCUUCUCUCGGGCGCGUGGGCCAUGACGCGUGCGCUCAUGUACCAGUCGCUUCAGCACGUCUCGCACAAGGACAAGAAGCCAACGGUGAACACUGUCUUGCGAAGCUUCCUCGUAUCGAUGCUGCAAAACCUCGGCGACGCGUCGGCGCCGCACGCGACACCGGUGGCUAGCCCACACCAGCGUCUCUCGACCGAAGACGAAGGUUUCUUCAACCUCUCGGAUGCGUGCGUCGGGCUGAUCAAGUAUUGUGCGUCCGAGCAGAGCAAGCCCGCGGACGGCCCGCACGUUCUCUCGCAACUUUUUAGCAACCAAGUGCUUUGGGUGCUCCUCGCAUGCGGGUCGGUGAGCUCGGACGUGUGUUCCGUCAUGGCGUCGAGUCCGGUCGUGCUGCGUGAGAUCGUCUCGGGGCUGCUGAGUUCGACGUUGUCGUCGUCGAUCAUUUGCAUGCGACUGAGUAUGCUCCUCUUUCCAUUGCAGUCGGUCUCCUCGGUCAACAAGGUCUUUCGAUCGCUGCCGUCGGUCCACGGCGCGUCGGACAUUGUGUCGUUCCUCUUUCUGCUUGUGGGCGGCCCGAUGCUACUGCGGCCGACGCUGUGCAAGCACGAGAUGGGCCUCGAGUCGGCGUCGACAACACUCUGCAACUACUUCAACUGCAGCAAGGGCGUGUCUGGGGACGCCACGAUUCUCUCGGAGCUUCACCACAUGCUCGAGAAGCACCAUACAAGCCAAGCCAAGUCGUGUGAAGCCGUCUCGCUGAUUCGGUACCUCACGCUCUUUCCGACGUGGAAGAAGGCGGUCGGCGCGAUCGUGUCGCGGUCGCUCGAGAAGACAGACCUCGUCGACGAGCUCUUGCAGACCAUUACCAGAUUUUACGAGCACUUUGCCGACGCCAACGAAGACAAUUUGUCGCUGGGCGUAGCCAACGACAACGAAUCGACUCCGACGGAAGCCAGUACCGUCGAGGCCGUGCGCCAACCUGAGACCACGUCGCCCGAAAACGACGACGAAGGCGACACCCGCGCGACGCCGCUUGUCGACGAGACCAAGAAAGAGCGCGCGAUCGACGUCAUCUCCGAGUCGCUCUCGUUCGAUAAGAAGGCGGCCGCGCUGCGCAAGAAGGCACGCGAGGCGCUGGACCACGCAACGCUCCUCAUGGCUGCGAUCUGCGUCGUGGGCGGGCACACGGAAGUGCUCCGCGAAGGCGGUCACGUGCUCUUUGAAGAUCUCGAGAUGCGUGGUCGGUACAAGAGCGGCGUGCUCGUCGCGUUGAAAAAGUCGGCGCGUGGUGUCAUUGACGGCUCGGUCUCGCUCUUGGAGAGCAGUGAGGCGAUGUCGCUCCCCACACUGUGCGUACCGCUCAAGAGCCUUCAGGCCGUCGAGCGCAUUCCGGCGAUCCCCAACAUGUUUGACGACCACCUCGCGGACGCGCUCCAAGCCUUGUCCAAGCUCAUCGUGCCAACGGGUCCGAGCCCGCUCACAUCGCGUCAGUGCUUCAACCCGAUCGUCCAAGCGAUCCUGGGGCCUAUGCUCAAGUCGUACAAGAAUCAAAUCCGGUGGCGGUCGACGAAAGCGCUCUCGUCCAUCCUGAAGCAGCUGCCGUCGCUCGACACGUCCAUGAGCAAUAACCUCGAUGUGGCCAUUGUCUCCAACAUUGCGUCGCUCCUUGCCGCCGAGAAUGCGUUCCGCGUUCCCAAAGUGUCGUUGGCGAAUGCCGCUGUCGAGGACCUGGCGAGCCUCCACUCGAAAUGGGUCUGCGUCACGGAACACCGAACGUACUUGGCGGCCGAGAACGUCAUUGACGCCGCACUCGAUGCGAUUGAAGGCCAUGUCCGCGACGACGUGGUGCGCAAGCUUGGCGACGAGAACGCACUGAGCUGGGGCAUCGAUGCGAUCCAGAGCCCAAAGAAGCGGUCGUCGACCGUGUCGUUCCAGACUGCUACAAAGGGCAGUGCCACCAACGACACGUCGCACGACGUGCCCCUCGGUGUUUGGGGGAUGCUGGUGCCCGUGCAAAACAUAGCGUCGGUGACAGACGAGUCGCCGUUCUCGUCCAACUUUCAUCUGCGGGCGCCGGUGGUGCGCGUCGGACGCGCGACCGACUCGUGCGACAUUGUCAUCAACGACCGCAGCGUGAGCGGCCGGCAUUUCCAUUUGCGCCGCGCGCGCCAAGAUGCGUCCGACGAGUACUACGAGCUGCAAGACUUUUCCAAGAACGGUACAAUCGUCAAUGGCGUCCGCGUCCACGGUGCGAGUUUGCGUGUCUCGCACGGCGCGCGCAUCUCACUCAUCUUGUCGCGCGGCGGUAUGAUCACGUACGAGUUCCACGUUGUGUCGCAAAGCAACGCCCCCGUGCUCCUCGAAGCGCCGUCGGUCAGCGGCGCCAGCCUUGCCUCGGAGCCGCAACAGGCGCAGCAGCUCGAGUUUCAAGAGCCACGAAGCCCGGCCGAAGUCCAGAACCGCGGAAUGAUGAGCAACAUUCGUGCACGCCUCGGGCCGCAAGGCUUGCGACUCAUCACGACAAUUGGCGACUCGGACCUCCCGCGGGCGCUCAUCUCCCCCAACCCGGCUGUGGACUCGCCGCGUGCCGCGUCCAACCCGCCGCCUAUCGCAAUCUCGACCCACUCGCCGCGAACGCCUGCCAUUGGGUCGCCGGCGCACCUCUUGCUGUCGCCGGCGUCGUUCCAGCAACGAGAAAGCAGCGACAACGGGCCGUUGCCAGCGAUGGCUAUCAACGAAGCGUUGCGCAUUGCGCUGGGUCGUGACAGCCUCAGUCGCGACGCAAUCAUGCACGACGUCUUGGCGCGCACGCGUGUCCUUACGGCGUCUGGGGACAUUGUACCUGCGAAGAAGACCGCGGCACCCAAGCCACUCGCGGAAGCGGCGAAAAUCAGUGCCAGCGACAUGGCGCGCGACUUGUACAAGCGUGUGCGCGACCUCGGCGGCCAAAGCGUCGAACUCGAGCUCUGUGAGCGCGCGCUUGAAGUUCAAAAUGGUGAUGUUGUCCGUGCCCUCAAAUACGUGCAGGAUCACCUCGGCAAGGCACAGCACCACUUGGCGGCGCGCAGCCUCGCCCAUAUUGUGGGCCAAAGCACUACUGCGUGCUCGCAUGCACUCAAGCAGAGCGGCAACAACAUCGGCGUCGCCUUGCGCUCUCUCCUCUUUAACCGGACGGCGCACAUCAGCGAAUCAGCGCCGCCAGAGCCAAGCCACGAAGACGACGAUCUCGUCUCGGACCAAUUUGACAAAUUUGUGUCGCAGGCCGUGGACCAGCUCGCGAGUACGGCCCAUGAUGCGUGCGAGGAGAACCCGAGUUACCGCCUCCUUGAAACAACUGCGCCGUCGGCGUCGUCGCCGCGUCGAUCGAUCGCAGCGCGUUCGAGCCCGAUGCGGCUCUCGCUUGCAAAAAGCUCCAAGCGUGACGACGUCGUGCCGUGGAGUGCAUGUACCGCGCACAUGGACGAACGCAUCCGGUCGCUGAAUUGGCGUGAAGUCGACUACGAAGAAGAGGUGCUGAGUCACAUGCUCUGUGCAACGCACGCGCGCAAACUGCUCUUGCAAGUGAUUCGUCUGCUUCAGCCACACCACCAAGCCAACAAGCUCGACGAGAGCAGCCCGUUGUGCUCGUUUGGCGACCGCAACACGCUGCGGCAGCUUGUGCUCUUUCCCGAGCACGCGCCGGGCGAUGAAAGCCUCGAUGAGCAGUCGCACCAUCGGCACACGCAAGGCCGCAUCCAGCAAAUAUUGGCGCGCAUCUCGUCCGACGUGAUGGCGUCGUCGGCGGCGCGGACGCUCGAGGCCAACAUGCGCACGUUCCAGAACGUCUCGACCCUCGCGAGCUCGAUCGACAAGACGGAUACGCUCCUGGCAUCGCACGCCAACCAUAACACGGUGCACGAAGUCGUGCGCACGCUCCUGCUAUCGACCACCGACGAUGUGGCGACCAAGUACGCGAUUUGCGAAGACUUGGUGCUCGACACGAUGAUGCACGUCAUCUCCAAGACGUUUAGCGCCAAGGAUUACGAGUCGAAAUCGCGAACGAGUGCCAGCAGCCACCACGACGGCAGCAGCGAGUACCCAAAAGGGCCCUUCCUUGUCUCAUCGGGUCUCGAAGUCACGAUCGUUGCGUCGUACGAGCGCAUUUGGGGCAUUCCGCACCCCGAUCCGCUGGUCGUGUACCGCCACAAGUGGCGCAAGAAGGGCGGCUCGCUUCUCGAGAAGGACGCGCGUGUGCCAUUUGAUGUUGGCGUCACGCUCUGGCGGCCCGUCUUUCCGUCGUCAUUCCAGACGACACUGCUGGCGCCUGAAAAGUGGUUUGCGCUCGGCGACGUGGCCAAAGCCGGAAACGACGCGCCGUCGACACCGAUCGCACUCGUUCGCGACAACAACGACGGAUGCCUCGCGCCACCCCUUCGUUAUGAGUGUGUCGACGUAACGGGGAAAGGCCUCCCAAAGAACUCGGCAACGGACGGCGAGUUUGAGCGCAAGCAGCUGCGCUCCAUGUGGUGGCCGAUUGCACCGCCAGGAUACGUCGCGAUGGGUUGCAUCGCAGGCAACAAGGAGGCGCCGUUCGACCCCCCAUCGGUGCAAAGCGUCCGGUGCGUCCGCGAAGACUUGGUCCAGUGUCUCGACAGCGCUACGUGCUUGUGGCAGACGCCGAACGUCGCGCUGUGGUCUGUCAACGCCGACUACUCGGCGCAUUUGAUUGCAACAAGCCCGCAACUACCGCCGCCGACAACCGUGCCCGUUCUCCAACUCUCGGACGAUGACCGCAUCUUGUGCUCUCCCGUAACCACCGCGACGGUGCUUCGCUUUGUGAAUGUCCUCUUGCACGCCAACCAGUGUCUCGGGAGCGCGGGAUCGAUCCUCGUCCCGGAGCUCACGUCGGCGCUCUUUGUACUCGUCAAGCAGGCGCUCUCGGAGAAGCGCAGCUCGCACAUCACGAUCGAGCUCGUGCGCGCGCUCGCGACGCUGAUUCGCCACGGGUGUCCUUGGAAAGACAAGGAGGGCGUGCUCUAUUGCCGGUCCAAAGUCAUGUUUUUGCACCAAGACCAAGAGGGCAGUUUGAUGCUGAGCUCGCUCCUCCAAGCGCUCGUCGAGCUCCUCCUUGUCGUCGACAACCAGAACCGCGCCGAGAAGCUCGCGAUCUUCAAGCAGCUACCGUUGUACGAGACGACGGCCACGCUGCCGUACACGCUGCAUCGCACCGAGAGCGUGUGUGCUCCGAUGCAUCCGCCCAAGAUUCAAGUCGAGGCAGGUGCGAUCGGUGGCGAGUGGGUGCUGCAGUACGCAGGGUCGCCCGAGGUCGCCAAACUCGAAGGCGUGGUGCCCAAAGUCGUCUCGCUACGCUUGGAGAGCACGCCGCUGCUGCACAUCUCUCUUCAGACCCGGGCCAUUGCGACGCUUCGUUACUUUGAGAUUAUCGUCCAAGAGUCCAAACCGCAGAGCGUGCGGCCAGCAGGCUUUGCCCUGGGGUUCGCAACGGCCGACAUGGUGCUGGAAGGGUCGUCGUGCGUUGGCAUGCUAGCCAAGACAUACGCGUUUGCACCGAGCAGCGGCAAGACGCUCUGCGGCGAUCCGCUCGCUGACGUGUGGACAUGGCCCGACAUUGCGUUGCCGCCAUCGCCCGGCGACGUCUACGGCUGCGGUCUUCGGCUCGACGCGCACGAGAUCUUUUUUACAAAGAACGGUCGCCUCCUCGGCACGGCGUUCUCGUCAAUUCUCGGGGACAGCCAGCUGCAGCCGACAAUCUCGAUGGACUGCGAGAUGACGCUGCUUCUUCGCGUUCACGACCAAGUGGCAUUUCCGUUUGAUACGACCGACUGGGACGCGCCCAUGGAGGGCUUUGAGUGGUUUGAUCAUCUCAGUCAAGUGUACGGUAUCAUGCACGCUCUCGUCGACAAGACGCCGCUACCAGACGAGUUUCUCCUCUCAGCCGACAAUUUCCUCGCGUCGAUUUCAAGUGACGUGUGCAAGACGUUCUCCAGCGCACAUCCGUAUGACCUCGAGCUCCAGGAAGAGACCGUGCACAUUGCACUUGCGACCUCGAUUCGCAUCAAGCUCGACCCACUCUGUGAGACAUCGGGGUCGCACUGCCUUCAGAUCGCGCAGGGGAGCAGCGACGAGACUGCUGAAGCCGAAGUGCGCACGUUUACAGGCGCUUGUGGUGGUCAAGAAAUCACAGUGGAUGGCAACGAAUUCACAUGGCGGUUUCCAGUGCAGUCCAACUUUCAGUGCCGCAUCGAUCGGCUCCGGAAAGGCCCGUACAUCAAGCUUGAUGCGCGGGAUACGCGGCUGUCGCUCACGCGCGACAAGGGCUGGCAGUCGGCGAUCGGCGUCGCCCGCUUCGACUCGGGCGUGCACACGUGGGAGGUCAAGAUCGCGUUUGUGACGGCGUCGUCCAACAUUUUUCUUGGCAUUGCGCGCAAGGACGUCCGGUUCGACUCGUACCUUGGCAAAGACAACCGCGGGUGGGGCUGGAUUGGCAACCGCGCGCUGUGGCACAACGGCAGCAAGCAGCGCGGCACGUACGGCGAAAAGUUCAAGACGGGCGACGUCGUGCGCUUGGUUCUCGAUUUGAAGCGAGGGACGCUCUCGUAUGCGCUCAACGGCAAGGACCUUGGUGUUGCGUUCGGACCUGGUGGCACAGGGCCCAAGCUCGAAGGCACCUUCUACCCGGGCUUUGCACUCUACAACCAACGCGACGUGAUUGAACUCGUGGGUGGUCACCGCAUGGAGGACAACGACGUGUCACUCUCGCACAGCGCGCUGCACACUCCCGACAUGCAUCUGCACGACGAUGCUAGUGGGCUUUACGGCAGUGACGACGACGACGGCGACGUUGAAGCCACGGCCGAGGCGGUGCCAAACUACCGCGUCGAGCUCGCGACCGUGCUGAGCCAAAUGGGUUUUCCGAUGGACUGGUGCGUCUAUGCGCUCAAGCAUUGCGACGACGACGCGGAGCAGGCCGCCGACUUUAUCUUGGGCAACAUGCACGCGAUGGAAGCGCUCGUGCGCGAGGAAGCCGAAGCGUACAGCCGACUGCUCGCGACGCGCGAAGACGUUGGUGUGACGCCUCCUGCGCCAAGCAUGGCGCUCGUCGAUGUUGACACGCCAGACGACCUCGAGGCAAAUGCCAUAUCCGAGCCCGCGCCACCGAUUGCGGUGGAAAAGUGGGGCGUCGCCUUCACGGUCGUGCCUGAAUUCUCGGUCGCGGGGCGCCACUUGCUUGCGCUCAAGUACGCGCCGGCGCUGGCUGCGCUCCAUGACGCGCACGCGGUCUUUGGUCGUGACCAAGACGAAGCGAUUGUGAGUCUCGUAAAUGCACUCUGCGAAGCGCGGGCCGAAGCAUCUGUGGCCUGCGACCCAUUGCGACUGCGGCCGGACGAGUUUGCACCGACCGACGACGAGCUCCGUGAAUAUCCGUGCUUGGUGGGGCUGCCGCUCGACGCGCUCCGGUCUCGCUUCCUCGUGCUGCGCAACUUUAACGCGCGGCUUCAGCACGUCUUGUCGUUUAUGGACUUUGCAGCGACCGAGUCCCAGUCGACGCUCACCAAGUGCAUGCGCGAGCUACGGGGCUGCGUCUUCCAGACCGUCAAGCUCAACUGGUGGUUUAGCAUCCUCAAGGAGCAGCAGACGCCAGCCGCAGCGCGACCGGAAAUCGAAGUGGAUCGACACAAGGCAGCCGAGUCGACAUCUGGUGUUCUGGACUCGGUCUUUAGCCAGUGCUUUGCCCAGCUGCAGACGCUGCAAGGGUCGCUCCUCCGCGGGCACGACCGCGCUUUCAAGUGUCAAUUCGUCGGCGAAUUUGGCGACGACUUUGGCGGCUUGUAUCGCGAGUGCUUGGCGCAAAUGAGCACCGAGCUGCAGUCCACUAUGCUCCCGCUUCUGCAGCCGUGUCCCAACCAAGUGCACAAGGUGGGCGAGAACCGCGAGUUUUUCGUGCCCAACAUCCACCUCCGCAACGACCCAAAGCUCAUCCAAAUGGCCGAAUUCCUUGGCAAGCUCAUGGGCAUUGCCAUCCGAAGCAAGACGCCACUCGACCUCAACUUGCCGCCCGUCGUGUGGAAGUUUCUCGUCGACCAACGCGUCACGCGCGCCGACAUUGAGUCGAUCCACCACGGCUGCUUCCAGGUGGUCGAUACGAUCAACAACAUCACCAAGCAUGGCAUUACGCCGGCCAUGUUUGAUGACCUCAUCGACGCGUCGUUUACCGUGCUCUCAUCGGACCGGCGCGAAGUCGAACUUGUGCCCGGCGGCCGCCAAGUGCGUGUCACAUGGGACGACAAGGACGAGUACGCGCAAGCCGCCGAGGCGUACCGUCUCACCGAGUUCCAGCCCGUGUGCGCUGACGUGGCGCGAGGUCUCGCAACCAUCUUGCCGCUUCCGACGCUGUCGCUGCUCUCGUGGCACGACCUGGCGACGCUUACGUGCGGCAAGGCGACGGUCGACGUCGAGUUACUGAAGCGGCGCACGACGUACGGCGACGGCUGCAGCGGCUCGGACGCGCACAUUGUUUUCUUCUGGGACGUCUUGCGCGAGUUUACGGAUGCGCAAAAGUCGUCGUUCCUGCGCUUUGUGUGGGGCCGGUCCCGCCUCCCGACGCACGCGGCCGACUUUACGCAGGAUUUCAAGAUCUCGGGGAUGCCCAAGGCCGUCGGAAAGGCCGACACGUACCUCCCGCUCGCCCACACGUGCUUCUUCUCGAUCGACAUGCCCGCGUACUCGAGCAAGGCGGUCAUGCGGGAGAAGCUCCUGUAUGCGAUCACGCACUGCUCGGCGAUCGACGCCGACAACACGACGGUCGCCCAGCGCGCAGGCCAAGGUCUCAACUGGACGCGCGUGACGGGCGAGACGUAGGUCGUA